GACAACAGUAUUUACAAGCAGAUCAUGAAAGCAUUAGCCAAGCUCCGAUCUCUGCAUUCCUUUCUCCUUUCACAAUCUCACGUUUUGCACUUUUCUAACGCCUCAAAGCUUUCGCACCCUCACAAAAUAACACGACAUCCCAGCAACAACAAGCCCUCAGACACCGAUGCUUCCCGUGCACUUUUCAAUGAGAUCACUGAGAUUUUAGGCGCUGAUCCCGUGAUCCCAGACCAAUUCCCAUCUUCGUUUUUGUUUUCCCUUGAAAAACAAGAUUUUGAAGUGGGUUUCAAGGAUCAACCAACUUGCACUAAAGGUGUUUGUGGAAUUGCUGCUGAUAAUGUUUUGCACGAUAAAGACGAAAGCUUUAACAUUUUGGAAGAUGCCCAGUUGGGAAAUAUGUGUGCAGAAGAUUUGAGUCGGGUUGUUGGUGAGAUUACUGAAAUUGUUAGAGCGGAAAAUGAUUCCUCUUCUGUGGAAGAGAGGUUAGAGAAUCUGAAUUAUGGGUUGAAAAGUGAGGUUUUUGACAGAGUGUUGAAAAGAUGCUUCAAAAUGCCUCAGUUGGCUAUGAGGAUUUUCAAUUGGCUGAAGCUCAAGGAUGGUUUUAGUCACACAACACAGAUGUAUAAUACCAUGUUGUGCAUUGCUGGAGAAGCUAAGGAAUUUGGGUUGGUAAAGAAGUUGGUGGAAGAAAUGGAUGAAUAUGAAGUUCAAAAAGAUGUUAAUACGUGGACCAUUCUCAUAACCCACUAUGGGAAGGCAAGGAAAAUCAGCAAAGCAUUGUUAGCCUUUGAAAAUAUGAAAAGAUGUGGUUGUGAACCAGAUGUAGUUUCGUAUAGUGCAAUAAUCCGUUCGCUUUGCAGUUCGGGCAAGGGAGACAUUGCUAUGGAGUUCUACAAUGACAUGGUUCAGAAGCAGAUGGUGCUUGAUGUGAGGUUGUAUAAGAUGCUCAUGAACUGCGUGGCAAGAUCAGGAGAUGUUGCAGCUGUUAGUUUGCUGGGAAAUGAAAUGACUCGGUUGUCCCUGAUGCCAGAAAACUAUGUUCAUGGCUGCAUGCUGCAGAGUUUUUGCACUUCUGGGAGGAUUAAAGAGGCUUUAGAAUUGAUUCGUGACAUAAAAAAUAAAGAUUUAGCUCUUGAACCCAAAUAUUUUGAGAUCUUGGUGAAAGGGCUGUGUAAGGCGGGCAGGAUUACAGAUGCUUUAGAGAUUGUUGAAAUCAUGAAGAGAAGGGAUAUGGUUGACGGGAAGGUUCACGGGAUCAUCAUAAAUGGGUAUUUGGGGGGAAAUGACGUUCACAGGGCACUCGAUGUGUUUCAAAGCAUGAAAGAAUCUGGCUGUGUGCCUACUAUUUCCACAUAUACAGAACUGAUACAGCAUCUCUUUAGGAUGAGUAGGUGUGAAGAAGCCUGCAUGCUGUAUGAUGAGAUGCUGGGAAAAGGAAUUAAGCCAGAUGUUGUGGCAAUAACAGCUAUGGUUGCCGGUCAUGUUUCACAAAACCGCAUAUCUGACGCAUGGAAGGUUUUCAAGAGUAUGGAUUGCCAAGGCAUCAAGCCCACUUUGAAAUCAUAUGCAGUAUUUAUUAAGGAGCUUUGCAAGGCCUCAAAGGCAGAUGAAAUUGUCAAGGUAUUACACGACAUGCAGGCUUCGAAGAUUAAAAUUCAAGAUAAAGUAUUCCAUUGGGUUAUAACUUAUAUGGAGAACAAGGGGGAGCUUAAUGUGAAAGAGAAAAUCCAGCAGAUGAAUAAAAUAUAUACACUUGAUCCCAAAAUGUUCAAGGAUUCGGACAAACAAGUAUCUUUGAGAAUUAAGGUGGACGAGGACAUGGAAGUUCACCAAUCAAAGUCAGAAAAAGUAGAUUGCUCUGUAAUACAUCCACACAUUAAGACUUUCAGUGAGCAGGAUGUUCAUGAAGUUUGUAGGAUUCUUUCAUCCUCUAUGGAUUGGUCCUUAAUCCAAGAAAAGUUGGAGAAAAGCACCAUUCAGUUCACCCCUGAACUUGUUAUGAAGACGUUGCAAAAUUGCAACAUGCAUGGUAGCUCUGUCCUGAAAUUUUUUUCAUGGGUGGGAAAGCAAACCAACUGUAGACACACUGCAGAAUCUUACAACAUGGCGAUCAAAAUUGCAGGCUGUGGAAAAGAUUUUAAGCAUAUGCGCAGCCUGUUCUUCGAAAUGAGAAGAAAUAGUUAUCCAAUAACAUCAGAAACAUGGACAAUCAUGAUAAUGCUUUAUGGCCGAACAGGUUUGACCAAGAUGGCCAUGAAUUGUUUCAAAGAGAUGAAAGCCGAUGGUUAUACACCAAGUAGGAGUACAUACAAGUAUCUGCUCAUUGCCUUUUGUGGGAGGAAAGGAAGGAAGGUUGACGAUGCCCUCAAAAUAUAUGAUGAGAUGAUUAGUGCAGGAUAUGUCCCUGACAAAGAAUUGAUUGUAACUUACCUUGGUUGUUUAUGUGAAGUUGGUAAACUGUCAGAGGCUAGAGUUUGCACAGAUUCUCUUCAAAGAUUUGGCUAUACAGUCCCUCUUAGCUAUUCCUUGUUUAUGAGGGCUCUUUGUAGAGCUGGGAGAGUGGAAGAAGCAUUGACCUUACUUGAAGGGGUUGGAACAGUGAAAUCUAGUUUAGAUCAGCUAACUUGUGGAAGCAUUGUUCAUGGUCUAUUACGCAAGGGUCGCUUAGAAGAGGCAUUGACCAAGGUGGACGCCAUGAAAAAGGAGGGCAUAACACCUACCAUUCAUGUUUAUACAUCUCUUAUAGUUCAUUUCUUCAGAGAGAAACAAGUAGGAAAAGCUAUUGAGACUUUUGAGGAGAUGCUACAGUCAGGGUAUGAACCAACCAUUAUUACAUAUUCUUCACUUAUACGUGGGUAUAUGAACGUUGGGAGGCCUACUGAUGCAUGGAAUAUCUUCUACCAUAUGAAAGUUAAAGGACCCUCUCCUGAUUUUAAAACUUAUUCUAUGUUCCUUACUUGCCUCUGUAAGGUUGGAAGAUCUGAAGAAGCAAUGCAACUUAUUUCUGAAAUGAUGGAUAGUGGGAUUGUUCCAAGUACUAUUAACUUUCGUACAGUUUUUUAUGGGCUAAACAGAGAGGGUAAAAAUGAUUUGGCCCGUUUUGUAUUGCAACAAAAAUCAGAACUAAUAAGAAAGCGCAAGGUCUUAACUUGAUUUUUUUCUCUCAUGACUUUUAGAUGUUGGAUCUAUGCUACUGUUUUUUCUCGUUCUAAUUGACAUCCAGCAUGUUGUCCAUGCAGCUUGAAAUUGUUCUCCCAAAAAGGGGGCUCUCAUCUUAGUGAUGCUAUUUUGUAAAAGCCAUGAAAGUAAUAAUCUUGUAAAAUUUAACAAUAUGUUUGGGUUAAAUAUUUUUUUAAGCCCCUUUAAAUAUGAUUGAACUUGAUUUUAGUCCUUCAAAAUUUUUGUUGUUAAUUAUAAUUCUAUUUUAAAAGUUUUGAAAAUAAUUUCCAUGAUUACUUUUUGAUGAACGUGUUAUCACAAAGAAGUAAAAGAAUUUUUUUUAAAAAUCUAUUAGGACCAAAACCAAUAAAAUAAAAUAAAACAAAAAUUAGUCAUAUUCAUAACAAUUAAAUACAUAUUUAAGCAUAUUUGAUUGCUUUCUUUAAUAAAGUUAAUCAAAUUUAAUGCUACUUUCGAUUUUAUUUAUAAAAAAACAAAUAAUUAAUUCAUUAAAACUAAUAAAAAAAUAGCUAUAUGUGAUAAAUUUAUAGUCAUAUUGAUGUCUUGUCUUAUAUAUUAAAUAAAAAAAAUACUUAUAUGAAUUAUUAGUGACCCAAUAACACAAAAUUUACAAUAAAUAAAAGUAUAAAAAAAUUAAACAAUCAAUACAUCUAAAAAUAAAUCUUUACUUCUUAUAAUUAAGAUAAAAUAUUUGUAAUUAUUUUUUAUAAAUAAGACCUAACGUAAGACAAUUUAGCAACGAGUUGCCACAAAACACCUUUACAGGCUACAUCAUCAAAUACAAGUGCAACAAAAUUCCGAAGA